CACACGUUCAGACACUCAUUCUGUUCUCACAGAAUUUUGCCCACCCUGCUUAUUGCCAACAUGAGUUGUGGAGGCAGAGGAAGAGGAAGAGGAAGAGGAAGGGGUCAUCAUGAGCACAGCCAUCACGGGGGGCCUGGUUUUGAGGAGGAAGUCCAAUCAAUUACCGGUAUGGCACAAUCGUUCUUUCAAGGUAUGGGGGUCACGCAGUUAACCAUCCCGCCUGAGGUUUCAAAUCCAGUCAUCCAGCCUAGCAUUCCGUAUGUUGGACCAAUAGUUGGAGGUAUAAGACCAGGAACACGACUACAUGUCGAAGGGACUGUUCCUCAUAAUGCCAAACAGUUUCAAAUAAACUUCAAAACAGGGGUAAAAGAUGCUGAUGAUGUCGCUUUUCAUUUCAAUCCCCGGUUCGGACACUACGUAUACAUGAACAUCUUCAGAAAUGGGAAAUGGCAGAAGGAGGAAUUGGGUCCUGAUAAGCCCUUUGUGAAAGGGCAACUUUUUAAACUACUGUUUCUCAUCAAUAAGGAUUCCUAUGAGGUCCAUGUGAAUGGAAUGAAAUUCUACACAUUCAGUCACCGUAUUCCUUUUGACAUGGUUACUACACUUGCCAUAGUAGGAGAUGUUACAAUAUACUGGUUGGGUUUUGAGAAAUGGGAAGUUCCUUCUUUGUUCAAAGAAAGCAAAGUUAUAAUGAUGGGAAGCGGAGGCUGGACAUAUAUCCCAUUAGUGGUUUCUAAUCUGACCAGCAACCCAGCAAUUCCCUUUGUGUGUGAAAUCCCAGCAGGCAAAAAACAAGACAUAGCUGUAGUUUUCCAAGGGACUGUUCCUGCAAAUGCAAAUCGCUUUUCCAUAAAUUUCAAAACCGGGCCGGCUGCAGGUGAUGACGCCGCUUUUCAUUACAACCCUCGUAUUGGUUGUUAUACCGCCCUGAACUGCAGCAGAAAGGGAUGCUGGGAGAAAGAGGAAACUGCACCUGAUAAACCCUUCACAGCGGGUGGAGCCUUCAUAAUUCUUGUAGCCAUCAACUCUGAGGGCUAUGAGGUCUAUGUGAAUGGCUUAAGACACUGCACAUUCAAGCACCGCAUUCCUCUAGAGAAAGUUACUACAGUUAACGUUUUUGGAAAUGUUUCCCUCCUCGUCUGUGGUUUUAUUGACAGCUGGAGUACUACUUCAUCCUUUAAGGAACUAAAGAAAAUCACAGCCACAAAGGGCCCAACCUCCAGUUCGACAUACUUGCCUUUUGAGAUUUCACAUCCAAUCAGUAACCCUGCACUUCCCUAUGUGACUAAAAUCCCAGGAGGUUUAAAACAAGACAUGGCUGUAUUCCUACAAGGGACUGUUCUUGCAGAUGCAAAAAGCUUUGCAUUUAAUUUUAAUACGGGGCAAUCAGAUGGUGAUGACAUCGCUUUUCACUACAAGCUCUACUUUGGUUAUCAUACCGCCCUGAACAGCUUCAGAAAUGGAAGCUGGGAGAAGGAGGAAACUGCACCUGAUAAACCCUUCACCAAGGGAGAAGCCUUCCAAAUGUUCAUUGCCGUUACAUCUGUAGGCUACGAGGUCUACGUCAACGGAUUAAAACAAUGCACCUUCAAGCACCGGAUUCCUCUAGAGAAAGUUUCAGUAGUUCAUUUGUCUGGAGAUGUUUCCCUCCUCAUAUGUGGUUUAAUUCAUAAAUGGAAGAGUCCUUCUUGGUUCAUCAAAGAAAAGAAAACUUUACUGAUGGGAAGUGGAAGCUCAACAUUUAUCCCAUUAGAGAUUUCUGAUCCGAUCAGCAACCCAGCAGUUCCAUAUGUGGCUAAAAUCCCACACGAGAUCAAACAAGAUAUAGCUGUAGUCUUCCAAGGAACUGUUCCUGCAGAUGCAACUAGCUUUUCCAUAAAUUUCAAAACGGGGCCGGCCGAUGGUGAUGACGUCGCUUUUCAUUACAACCCUCGCAUUGGUCAUCAUACCUCCCUGAACAGUGUCAGAAAUGGAAACUGGGAGACAGAGGAAACUGCACCUGAUAAACCCUUCACCAGGGGAGGAGCCUUCAUAAUUCUUGUAGUCAUCAACUCUGAGGGCUAUGAGGUCUAUGUGAACGGCUUAAGACACUGCACAUUCAAGCACCGCAUUCCUCUAGAGAAAGUUACUACAGUUAACGUUGGUGGAAAUGUUUCCCUCCUCGUCUGUGGUUUUAUUGACAGCUGGAGUACUACUUCAUCCUUUAAGGAAGUAAAGAAAAUCACAACCACACAGGGCCCAACCUCCAGUUCGACAUACUUGCCUUUUGAGAUUUCACAUCCAAUCAGUAGCCCUGCGCUUCCCUAUGUGACUAAAAUCCCAGGAGGUUUAAAACAAGACAUGGCUGUAUUCCUACAAGGGACUGUUCUUGCAGAUGCAAAAGGCUUUGCAUUUAAUUUUAAAACGGGGCAAUCAGAUGGUGAUGACAUCGCUUUUCACUACAAGCCCAAUUUUGGUUAUCAUACCGCCCUGAACAGCUUCAGAAAUGGAAGCUGGGAGAAGGAGGAAACUGCACCUGAUAAACCCUUCACCAAGGGAGGAGCCUUCCAAAUGUUCGUUGCCGUUACAUCUGUAGGCUACGAGGUCUACGUCAACGGAUUAAAACAAUGCACCUUCAAGCACCGGAUUCCUCUAGAGAAAGUUUCAGUAGUUCAUUUGUCUGGAGAUGUUUCCCUCCUCAUAUGUGGUUUAAUUCAUAAAUGGAAGAGUCCUUCUUGGUUCAUCAAAGAAAAGAAAACUUUACUGAUGGGAAGUGGAAGCUCAACAUUUAUCCCAUUAGAGAUUUCUGAUCCGAUCAGCAACCCAGCAGUUCCAUAUGUGGCUAAAAUCCCACACGAGAUCAAACAAGAUAUAGCUGUAGUCUUCCAAGGAACUGUUCCUGCAGAUGCAACUAGCUUUGCCAUAAAUUUCAAAACGGGGCCGGCCGAUGGUGAUGACGUCGCUUUUCAUUACAACCCUCGCAUUGGUCAUCAUACCUCCCUGAACAGUGUCAGAAAUGGAAACUGGGAGACAGAGGAAACUGCACCUGAUAAACCCUUCACCAGGGGAGGAGCCUUCAUAAUUCUUGUAGUCACCAACUCUGAGGGCUAUGAGGUCUAUGUGAACGGCUUAAGACACUGCACAUUCAAGCACCGCAUUCCUCUAGAGAAAGUUACUACAGUUAACGUUGGUGGAAAUGUUUCCCUCCUCGUCUGUGGUUUUAUUGACAGCUGGAGUACUACUUCAUCCUUUAAGGAAGUAAAGAAAAUCACAACCACACAGGGCCCAACCUCCAGUUCGACAUACUUGCCUUUUGAGAUUUCACAUCCAGUCAGUAGCCCUGCGCUUCCCUAUGUGACUAAAAUCCCAGGAGGUUUAAAACAAGACAUGGCUGUAUUCCUACAAGGGACUGUUCUUGCAGAUGCAAAAGGCUUUGCAUUUAAUUUUAAAACGGGGCAAUCAGAUGGUGAUGACAUCGCUUUUCACUACAAGCCCAAUUUUGGUUAUCAUACCGCCCUGAACAGCUUCAGAAAUGGAAGCUGGGAGAAGGAGGAAACUGCACCUGAUAAACCCUUCACCAAGGGAGGAGCCUUCCAAAUGUUCAUUGCCGUUACAUCUGUAGGCUACGAGGUCUACGUCAACGGAUUAAAACAAUGCACCUUCAAGCACCGGAUUCCUCUAGAGAAAGUUUCAGUAGUUCAUUUGUCUGGAGAUGUUUCCCUCCUCAUAUGUGGUUUAAUUCAUAAAUGGAAGAGUCCUUCUUGGUUCAUCAAAGAAAAGAAAACUUUACUGAUGGGAAGUGGAAGCUCAACAUUUAUCCCAUUAGAGAUUUCUGAUCCGAUCAGCAACCCAGCAGUUCCAUAUGUGGCUAAAAUCCCACACGAGAUCAAACAAGAUAUAGCUGUAGUCUUCCAAGGAACUGUUCCUGCAGAUGCAACUAGCUUUGCCAUAAAUUUCAAAACGGGGCCGGCCGAUGGUGAUGACGUCGCUUUUCAUUACAACCCUCGCAUUGGUCAUCAUACCUCCCUGAACAGUGUCAGAAAUGGAAACUGGGAGACAGAGGAAACUGCACCUGAUAAACCCUUCACCAGGGGAGGAGCCUUCAUAAUUCUUGUAGUCACCAACUCUGAGGGCUAUGAGGUCUAUGUGAACGGCUUAAGACACUGCACAUUCAAGCACCGCAUUCCUCUAGAGAAAGUUACUACAGUUAACGUUGGUGGAAAUGUUUCCCUCCUCGUCUGUGGUUUUAUUGACAGCUGGAGUACUACUUCAUCCUUUAAGGAAGUAAAGAAAAUCACAACCACACAGGGCCCAACCUCCAGUUCGACAUACUUGCCUUUAGAGAUUUCACAUCCAAUCAGUAGCCCUGCGCUUCCCUAUGUGACUAAAAUCCCAGGAGGUUUAAAACAAGACAUGGCUGUAUUCCUACAAGGGACUGUUCUUGCAGAUGCAAAAGGCUUUGCAUUUAAUUUUAAAACGGGGCAAUCAGAUGGUGAUGACAUCGCUUUUCACUACAAGCCCAAUUUUGGUUAUCAUACCGCCCUGAACAGCUUCAGAAAUGGAAGCUGGGAGAAGGAGGAAACUGCACCUGAUAAACCCUUCACCAAGGGAGGAGCCUUCCAAAUGUUCGUUGCCGUUACAUCUGUAGGCUACGAGGUCUACGUCAACGGAUUAAAACAAUGCACCUUCAAGCACCGGAUUCCUCUAGAGAAAGUUUCAGUAGUUCAUUUGUCUGGAGAUGUUUCCCUCCUCAUAUGUGGUUUAAUUCAUAAAUGGAAGAGUCCUUCUUGGUUCAUCAAAGAAAAGAAAACUUUACUGAUGGGAAGUGGAAGUUCAACAUUUAUCCCAUUAGAGAUUUCUGAUCCGAUCAGCAACCCAGCAGUUCCAUAUGUGGCUAAAAUCCCACACGAGAUCAAACAAGAUAUAGCUGUAGUCUUCCAAGGAACUGUUCCUGCAGAUGCAACUAGCUUUGCCAUAAAUUUCAAAACGGGGCCGGCCGAUGGUGAUGACGUCGCUUUUCAUUACAACCCUCGCAUUGGUCAUCAUACCUCCCUGAACAGUGUCAGAAAUGGAAACUGGGAGACAGAGGAAACUGCACCUGAUAAACCCUUCACCAGGGGAGGAGCCUUCAUAAUUCUUGUAGUCACCAACUCUGAGGGCUAUGAGGUCUAUGUGAACGGCUUAAGACACUGCACAUUCAAGCACCGCAUUCCUCUAGAGAAAGUUACUACAGUUAACGUUGGUGGAAAUGUUUCCCUCCUCGUCUGUGGUUUUAUUGACAGCUGGAGUACUACUUCAUCCUUUAAGGAAGUAAAGAAAAUCACAACCACACAGGGCCCAACCUCCAGUUCGACAUACUUGCCUUUAGAGAUUUCACAUCCAAUCAGUAGCCCUGCGCUUCCCUAUGUGACUAAAAUCCCAGGAGGUUUAAAACAAGACAUGGCUGUAUUCCUACAAGGGACUGUUCUUGCAGAUGCAAAAGGCUUUGCAUUUAAUUUUAAAACGGGGCAAUCAGAUGGUGAUGACAUCGCUUUUCAUUACAAGCCCAAUUUUGGUUAUCAUACCGCCCUGAACAGCUUCAGAAAUGGAAGCUGGGAGAAGGAGGAAACUGCACCUGAUAAACCCUUCACCAAGGGAGGAGCCUUCCAAAUGUUCGUUGCCGUUACAUCUGUAGGCUACGAGGUCUACGUCAACGGAUUAAAACAAUGCACCUUCAAGCACCGGAUUCCUCUAGAGAAAGUUUCAGUAGUUCAUUUGUCUGGAGAUGUUUCCCUCCUCAUAUGUGGUUUAAUUCAUAAAUGGAAGAGUCCUUCUUGGUUCAUCAAAGAAAAGAAAACUUUACUGAUGGGAAGUGGAAGUUCAACAUUUAUCCCAUUAGAGAUUUCUGAUCCGAUCAGCAACCCAGCAGUUCCAUAUGUGGCUAAAAUCCCACACGAGAUCAAACAAGAUAUAGCUGUAGUCUUCCAAGGAACUGUUCCUGCAGAUGCAACUAGCUUUUCCAUAAAUUUCAAAACGGGGCCGGCCGAUGGUGAUGACGUCGCUUUUCAUUACAACCCUCGCAUUGGUCAUCAUACCUCCCUGAACAGUGUCAGAAAUGGAAACUGGGAGACAGAGGAAACUGCACCUGAUAAACCCUUCACCAGGGGAGGAGCCUUCAUAAUUCUUGUAGUCACCAACUCUGAGGGCUAUGAGGUCUAUGUGAACGGCUUAAGACACUGCACAUUCAAGCACCGCAUUCCUCUAGAGAAAGUUACUACAGUUAACGUUGGUGGAAAUGUUUCCCUCCUCGUCUGUGGUUUUAUUGACAGCUGGAGUACUACUUCAUCCUUUAAGGAAGUAAAGAAAAUCACAACCACACAGGGCCCAACCUCCAGUUCGACAUACUUGCCUUUUGAGAUUUCACAUCCAAUCAGUAGCCCUGCGCUUCCCUAUGUGACUAAAAUCCCAGGAGGUUUAAAACAAGACAUGGCUGUAUUCCUACAAGGGACUGUUCUUGCAGAUGCAAAAGGCUUUGCAUUUAAUUUUAAAACGGGGCAAUCAGAUGGUGAUGACAUCGCUUUUCACUACAAGCCCAAUUUUGGUUAUCAUACCGCCCUGAACAGCUUCAGAAAUGGAAGCUGGGAGAAGGAGGAAACUGCACCUGAUAAACCCUUCACCAAGGGAGGAGCCUUCCAAAUGUUCGUUGCCGUUACAUCUGUAGGCUACGAGGUCUACGUCAACGGAUUAAAACAAUGCACCUUCAAGCACCGGAUUCCUCUAGAGAAAGUUUCAGUAGUUCAUUUGUCUGGAGAUGUUUCCCUCCUCAUAUGUGGUUUAAUUCAUAAAUGGAAGAGUCCUUCUUGGUUCAUCAAAGAAAAGAAAACUUUACUGAUGGGAAGUGGAAGUUCAACAUUUAUCCCAUUAGAGAUUUCUGAUCCGAUCAGCAACCCAGCAGUUCCAUAUGUGGCUAAAAUCCCACACGAGAUCAAACAAGAUAUAGCUGUAGUCUUCCAAGGAACUGUUCCUACAGAUGCAACUAGCUUUGCCAUAAAUUUCAAAACGGGGCCGGCCGAUGGUGAUGACGUCGCUUUUCAUUACAACCCUCGCAUUGGUCAUCAUACCUCCCUGAACAGUGUCAGAAAUGGAAACUGGGAGACAGAGGAAACUGCACCUGAUAAACCCUUCACCAGGGGAGGAGCCUUCAUAAUUCUUGUAGUCAUCAACUCUGAGGGCUAUGAGGUCUAUGUGAACGGCUUAAGACACUGCACAUUCAAGCACCGCAUUCCUCUAGAGAAAGUUACUACAGUUAACGUUGGUGGAAAUGUUUCCCUGCUCGUCUGUGGUUUUAUUGACAGCUGGAGUACUACUUCAUCCUUUAAGGAAGUAAAGAAAAUCACAACCACACAGGGCCCAACCUCCAGUUCGACAUACUUGCCUUUAGAGAUUUCACAUCCAGUCAUUUACCCUGCACUUCCCUAUGUGGUUAAAGUCCCAGGAGGGAUACAUCAAGACAAGGCUGUAUUCUUCCAAGGCACAGUUCCUGCAAAUGCAAAAGGCUUUGCCAUAAAUUUCAAAACGGGGCCGGCCGAUGGUGAUGACGUCGCUUUUCAUUACAACCCUCGCAUUGGUCAUCAUACCUCCCUGAACAGUGUCAGAAAUGGAAACUGGGAGACAGAGGAAACUGCACCUGAUAAACCCUUCACCGCAGGACAAACCUUCCAACUCAUUGUGGCCAUCAACCCUGAGGCUUAUGAUGUCUAUGUGAACGGUUUAAGACAUUGCACGUUCAAGCACCGCAUUCCUCUAGAGCAAGUUUCAACAAUUGGCAUUGGUGGAGAUCUCUCCAACCUCAUAUGUGGUUUUAUACAUAGCUGGACGACUUCUUCAUUCUUUACGGAACUCCAGCAAUUUGAAAUCACAGACGGUUCAUCAACAGCUUUAAACAUUUCACAUCCAAUCACCAACCCAGCACUACCCUAUGUUGGUAAAAUACCAGGAGGGAUUCAAAAAGACAUGGCUGUAUUCUUCCAAGGGACUAUUCCUCAAGAUGCCAAAGGCUUUGAAAUAAAUUUCAAAACGGGGCCGGCUGAUGGUGAUGACAUCGCUUUUCAUUACAACCCUCGCAUUGGUCAUCAAACCGCCCUGAACAGCGUCAGAAAUGGAAACUGGGAGACAGAGGAAACUGCACCUGAUAAACCCUUCACUGCAGGACAAACCUUCCAACUCAUUGUAGUCAUCAACACUGAGGCUUACGAGGUCUAUGUGAACGGUUUAAGACAUUGCACGUUCAAGCACCGCAUUCCUCUAGAGAAAGUUUCAACACUUGGCAUUAGGGGAGAUCUCUCCAACCUCAUAUGUGGUUUUAUACAUAGCUGGACGACUUCUUCAUUCUUUACGGAACUUCAGCAAUUUGAAAUCACAGACGGUUCAUCAACAGCUUUAAACAUUUCACAUCCAAUCACCAACCCAGCACUUCCCUAUGUUGGUAAAAUACCAGGAGGGAUUCAAAAAGACAUGGCUGUAUUCUUCCAAGGGACUAUUCCUCAAGAUGCCAAAGGCUUUGAAAUAAAUUUCAAAACGGGGCCGGCUGAUGGUGAUGACAUCGCUUUUCAUUACAACCCUCGCAUUGGUCAUCAAACCACCCUGAACAGCGUCAGAAAUGGAAACUGGGAGACAGAGGAAACUGCACCUGAUAAACCCUUCACUGCAGGACAAACCUUCCAACUUAUUGUAGUCAUCAACACUGAGGCUUAUGAGGUCUAUGUGAACGGUUUAAGACAUUGCACGUUCAAGCACCGCAUUCCUCUAGAGAAAGUUUCAACACUUGGCAUUAGGGGAGAUCUCUCCAACCUCAUAUGUGGUUUUAUACAUAGCUGGACGACUUCUUCAUUCUUUACGGAACUUCAGCAAUUUGAAAUCACAGAAGGUUCAUCAACAAGCGUGGAAACCACAACUUUAGACAUCUCACAGCCAAUCACCAACCCAGCACUUCCCUUUGUGGGUAAAAUACCAGGAGGGUUUAAAAGCGACAUGGCUAUAUACUUCGAAGGGACUACUCCUCAAGAUGCCAAAGGCUUUGGAAUAAGUUUCAAAAUGGGGCCGGCUGAUGGUGCUGACAUCGCUUUUCAUUACAACCCUCGCAUUGGUCAUUAUACCGCCCUGAACAGCGUCAGAAACGGAAACUGGGAGACAGAGGAAACUGCAUCUGAUAAACCCUUCACCAGGGGAGGAGCCUUCGUAAUUCUUGUAGUCAUCAACUCUGAGGGCUAUGAGGUCUAUGUGAAUGGUGUAAAGCACUGUUUGUUUAAGCACCGCAUAUCUUUAGAGCAAGUUUCCAUACUUGGUAUUCAAGGAGAUGUUUUGAUCUCCACAUUUGGUUUUAUUUAUAAUUGGAGUACUUCUCCCAUCUGUAAAGAAAUUCAGAAAAUCCAAAGCAAAAAGAGCACAACCUCGACAACCAUCACUCUAGAGAUUUCACAAUCAGUCAGCAACCCUGCGAUUCCCUAUGUAGGAAAAAUACCAGUAGUGGUAAAGCCAAAUAUGGCGGUACUUUUUCAAGGGAAUGUUCUUGAAAAUGCUGUUAGCUUUGAAAUCAGUUUUAAAACAGGGUCAUCUGAUGACAUCGCUUUUCACUUCAAACCUCACAUUGGUGAUCAUACCACCCUGAACAGCUUCAGAAAUGGAAGCUGGGAGACACAGGAAAAUGUACCAAUUGAACCUUUCACCAGCCGAGGAGCCUUCCAAAUUAUUGUUGUCUUUAAAUCAGAGGGCUAUGAGGUUUAUGCGAAUGGCUUGAAACACUGCACAUUUAAACAUCGCAUUCCUUUAGAGAAAGUGUCCCUAAUUGCCAUUAAUGGAGACACUACUAUUCAGCUAAUUGGUUUUGCUGAAAACUGGAGUAAAUAAAUUAAAAUGAGUAAAACACAUGUACAUGGGGAAGAAGUUCCAGAGGCUGAAAAAAUACAACCAUGUUCCACAGUAGUAUUUCUUUUAAGUAGGUGUAGAUUUAAAAAUUCUCUCCUUAAUUUGCCUUUAAUUUGCCACCAACUUAUAUUUAUGUUUUUGUACAAACUAUACAACUUGGGAUGUGACACUGGACAUUUCACCAACCAAUCUGAACAACAGAAACGCUAACAUUUUAAUCAACACUGCCUCAACGUCCUUGUGAAUAAUUUUGGUCUCUUAAAGAAAAAAAAUGUGGCUUUCAGACUUUCAUGUGAAAUAAUGUAUUGUUUUAAUAUGACCAUAAAUUGAUUUGCUAUUUUUCAUGUAGGUAACAUUAAAUGUCAGGAAAACAACCAUAGGGAUAAAAGGUUUAACCUUUUCAUCACAUUCCAAAGUUUUACAAUUCAUUUAUAUUUAUUUUUUUAAUCCAUAAUUGAAAUACUUUUUGGAUACUACAUCAAAUUUGGAUCAAGAUAUUUACCGUUUUUUACUGAUAAUCUACAAGUCUGCUGUGAGGCCUGCUUGGAUACUUCUCUUAUAAUCCAAUGGCAACAGAAAAAAAAAUCAUUUUUGUCUAUGCAAAAACGCGGAAUGAAGUGAUAAGGCCGCCCAGAAGCUACAAAUUAACUUCUGGGCAGAUUUUUGUUGAAGGGUAGCUUGUCUGGCCAACAAUCUUCAUUGGAAAGGCUUUGAUGCAUUUAAGCUUGCAUUAUGAUUCUCCAUAAGAGAGACUCAAAGGGGGAAUUCAGGGUACAUAACAGUAUAUAUUCCUGUACUUGUCUUUUGGGCUAAGGGGCAUAUAUUGGCUACUUGAUAUUUAGUCCUGCUCUAGAUUAAAGAGUACCUUUUUGGGGAGUAUGGUGAAAACCGCUUCCAUACAUAUUUUUUCCUUCUUCUGGCUAAUUACUUAAUCUGUGCUGAAAUCUUUAUUUGUUAAACUGAUUUACUGCUGAGUUUCUCUUUUAAUCCUCAAUAAACAACAGGAAUCUGAA